UGAUUGGAACUGAUUCCUAUUCUUUGCUCAUUUAUUACUAGUCUUUAAGGAAAAUCUUUCGAAUUCAUCUGAUCUUUUUCUUUUAAUAGUGUCUAUCAUUCGAUUCGAAUCAGCGUUCGCCGUCCGCUAAAGAGCCCUCGGUUUUAUUUUAUCUGGCCAGCGGAGAAAUCUUAUAUUCUUCACAUGAAGCACUUGUUUUAUUGAAUUCUAUUUUAUACAAACCACUGAUUUUUUUUUACGAUUAGGCUCGGUUGUUAUUGAGCUAGUGCAUUGCUUGGCAUAUCUUUAGACUUUCUGGUGCAGUGAUCAUAAAAAUUAAUCACAGAACUAUGUAAAUAUCAAUUGUUGUUGAUGAAUAAUUAAAUCAAGUCCUGGAUUGCUAAGAGACAGAAAAUGCUCGCUAAAUUCGGCAGCGACUCUGUCAUCUUCAAAUUCUGGCGCUGUAGAGUCGUCAGUGCCAUUCGCACGUGUAAGCGCUCCUUUUAUCAGUCCAAGGUGAAAAAGCUUAAGGACACCAAUAAACGAAAGUGGUGGAGGGAAGUUAAAAACCAGGACAAAAAACAAAAAACAGGACAGUCAAUAAGCCAAGGGGAAUGGUAUAGUCAGUUAAUAGGCGAGUCCUCCAUCGCCAGCAUAGAUAAUCUGUAUAAGAAGAUCAACGAGUUAUUCGUCCAGCUAACGUCUGAUUUUAGAACUCUGUUACCCAAAGACGUCACAGCUAUUGUUGUUCCUGAUGUCCCGGGUCAUUUCCUGGUAUCAUCGUAUGAGGCUUAUAAGUCUUUGCGAGGGAUUCUCACCAACAAGGCACCUGGACCGGAUGGGAUCCCAGCCCUUAUUCUGAAAAUGUUUGCAUUCGAACUGUCACCUAUAGUAGCUGAAUUAUACAACACAUCACUAAAGGAAGGUCACUUCCCGGGUCUGUUGAAGUCGGCCAACGUGCGCCCCCUGCCUAAACUGAGCCCUCCUAAGAGCAUCAAAACCGACAUACGGCCGAUCUCACUCACAUCUCGCCAAAGCAAUGGAAGGCUUCACUCUAUCCAGAUCACUUCCAGAAAUUGGCAAGGCGACAAUCUGUCUUUGAAGAAGUAAAUUUCAGAGAUGAGGAGGUGAAGGAAAAGGCUUGGCGAUGCUUGGAAAUCGAAUAUAUGAGUUCUGAAGAGAGUGACAUUGAUCAAAUGAUACACCAAUUCUUUUGGUUAAGGAGCUGGGCUGGGCGAGCCCCAAGCUCAAGUGAUUGAAGCGAAGGCUCGACGAGAAAUAUGUGCAUCCCUGCCCAAAUAUGCACAAAUGUGUAGGCAGCCCAGUGUGGAUUCUAAACCUUUGUCUAUCAGGUCAGCUCCAGAGAACCCGGUGGAGUGGGCAAUAUCACCAACGCAUUGACUCUAGCUUGUUUUGAUUAUUUUCCGUUUGAGAACUAUGGACACAUUUGACAGAGGAAAAGUAGCUUUUUUAAUAUUUUAUAUCUAUAUAUUGCCAAAGACCACUAUAUGUUACUAUUUUUGUAAGUCCGAGUACAAAGAUUAUGAUAAAGACAACAAAAUAACAGCACACUGAAGACUUUUUCUGUUUGUCAAAUUGCGUAAAUGUGAAUUGGGGAAAUGACCUAUUUACGUAAGGUAAUAUGAGGGUUGGGCGUACGUAAAUAUGCGUAAAGGAGGUAUUUAUGUUGCUUUAUACUAGCAUAAAGAUGUGGAGAAUU